ACAGAUCAGAUAGCGCACACACCCCUCUCGGUCUCUGUGGAAGCUCUCUGCCAGCUACUGGUGGCCUAUGCUGGACCAUGGCUGCUUCUGUUUUCUGGGCAAUCGAUUAUGAGGUUUAUGGGGACGUCCAGGGUGUUUUCUUUAGAAAGUACACAGAAGAGCAGGGGAAGAAGUUGGGAGUGGUUGGCUGGGUGAAGAACACUGCCCAUGGGACAGUGACCGGACAGGUGCAGGGGCCGAAGGAGAAAGUGGAAGUCAUGAAGAACUGGCUACGCAGUGUGGGAAGUCCCAUGUCACGUAUUGACCAGGCUGUGUUCUCCAAUGAGAAGGAGAUCACCAUCCUGGAGUUCCAGUCCUUCACCACCAAAUAUUAGGGGCAGUUGUCUGGUCAGGAUGGGAUGGCCAUCACUAAGAACAACAAGGGAGUUUCCACUCAGGAGGUGGCACUGCUCUCCCUUUCUGGGCCGGGCUCUGCUGCUGCUGACCAAAUUAGGCUGUGUUCUAGGCCCAUGGCACUUCAAGUACCCUUUUGGAUCCUCCAAGCUGCUAUCUCCGUGGAAAGUACCAGUUGACCACUAGUAUUAUGAAGAGGUCAUAAGUUACGUCCACUGGUCUUUUUGCCGCUUUCCAUCAAUUGUGCCAGUACGUGUGUGUUGAAAAUAAGGUUGCUUGAAGGGAACUAGCUAAAUCCCCUCUCUCCAUGAGACCCCUAAAGCCUCCUCUCUUCCACAACAUGCUAAUGAGCACAUUUGGGCAAUCUUGGAACCUUCUUUUGGACAAGCAUAGUGGUAAAAGGGUUUUGAAUAACAGAUUCAACACUUGCUUACCGAGACAGGCUGUCCCCUCUAAUGUCAGUGUCCUACUCAGAAAAAUGUUAGCCCAUUAAAUAUUAU